CCGUGAUCUGGUUCCAGGUAGCGUCGCGCAAUGGCGUUCGUGGCCAGAGUCCCAUGGCGAGUCGUAGUGUCUUUGUAGAAGGACUAUCAGUUCUGGAGACGCCAUGCGACAUGCGCUUGGAUCUUAAUGGUAUAUCGAUUCGCUCAAUUGAUCCUGCGAGCCUGUUGUAGUCGUCCAGACUGUCUGUGGGAGACUCCUCUUCCUAUCUAGGUCAGUCGAAGGUAUCGAGCUUGUGGCGUGCACUGCUCACGCGAGUAGAGGAGGACAUGUCUUGA